AUGCGAGUCAAUAGGUUUUUUCUGAUAGGCAGAAAGGAAGGUAACGCCCGUAACGUGCGGAGCCAGCGCUCGAAACACGUAUACGCAGUAGAGGCUAUCCAUGGCGACUUAAAGUCCGCCGUUAGAGAUAUUAUCCGUAAACCACCGGAAAAGGAUGCGUACGACGUUCUGAAGGCUGCAAUCCUUCCGUUCUACACCCCCUCUAACGAGAAGAGAUUGCGCCAGUUGCUGGCUCGUCACCCGAUCGAUGACACGAUGCUAAGCAAGCAUCUGGCGCGUCUACGCUCGCUAGCCGGCCCAGCAAACGCCCAUUGUCAGAGAGCUGUGACUCGAGUCGUUGCCACGUCACGUCCAACCGACAGUAACGGCUCUGCUGGAAGACUCCUCAAUUGA